AUGCCAGUAAGACUGUUCAAAAACAACACAAAUACAGGAGUGAGUUAUCCAUCAAACUCCAUGCACAUAGAAGCAAACGUAUGGAACGAAACUGAAUGGGUAGGACUAGUUGACUGGAGUGAAGGGCCUUUCAUUGCUCAUUAUCAAGGAUUUUUAAUUGAUGCGUGCAACUACAACCCUUCUAAUCCUGAGGCAUGCUAUGAGUGCUUAGUUGAUUUCCCAGUAGAUGUGCUUACUCAAGAGGAUAUGAGUAACACAGGAUUUGAUCCACCAUCUAAUUCAAGUGGGACGAGAACCUCCACACUUAGAAAAGGUGCUGCCAGCUUUGUACCAAGUGCAAGAGAUGCAUACAUGAUGAGAUUAACACAUGACGAGAUUAAAGAUGUUUUCUGUCAUUCCCAAAAUUGGUUUUGGGAGAAUAAUGAUGAUGAGCCUACAAAAUUUAUGAUUCAUAAUUCACAGAAAAAUCCAAGUUCACAAAUCAGUAAUCGCAACUCUAACAAGGGCAAGAUUAAUAUUCAAGAAUCCAAGACUAAGAUGCCAAGAUUUUUGAGUGAGGAACUGGCUAUUGUACCCUACAUACCACCAGUACAAGUUCUUGAGGCUGAACCCUCUAAAAAGAGUACUUCUUCAACUAUACCGCGCUCAAUCAAAAUAAUGAAUAAGCUUACUACAUACUCCAGUUGUCAGUUACAAAUUGAGGAAAACAAAAGUGAAUCAUCUGCAACAAAUGGUAGUAAAGGGACCAAUUUUGAAGAAAAGAUUGGCAAAUACAAAGGUAUUAGAGGAAAUGGGAAAGAACUAGAACAUGCUACAGAGAAAAGGGGUCAGUUCGGACCCUAUUGA